UUAAAGAAAUCUGGACUUAGGAACCUGUAAACUAGUGAAGUCUUAAGGUCCAUUUCUGUCUCUACCCCAUAUCUGCAAAGUGCUGUACCACGAUUUGAACACCUGGUAAUGCAUCUGUGCUGGGAUGGGGAGCAGGCCCCAAGGAGGAAGCAUGGCCACCAGGAGGGCCCGGGCCACCAGGAAGAGCCUGCUGCAUGUCCCCUAUGGAGACGGCGAAGGGGAGAAAGUGGACAUUUACUUCCCUGACGAGGCAGCUGAAGCUUUGCCUUUCUUCCUGUUCUUUCACGGAGGAUACUGGCAGAGUGGAAGUAAGGACGAGUCUGCCUUCAUGGUCGACCCGCUGACGGCACAGGGAGUGGCCGUGGUAAUAGUGGCUUAUGACAUCGCCCCCAAAGGCACCCUGGACCAGAUGGUAGACCAGGUGACCCGCAGCGUUGCGUUUGUCCAGACGCGGUAUCCAAGCAAUGGGGGAAUUUACCUAUGUGGACACUCAGCCGGGGCCCACCUGGCCGCCAUGAUGCUCCUUGCCAACUGGACCAAGCAUGGGGUCACGCCCAACCUCAAAGGCUUUUUCCUCGUGAGUGGGGUCUUUGACCUGGAGCCCAUCAUGUAUACUUCACAGAACAUUGCUCUGCAGCUGACCCUGGAGGACGCUCAGAGGAACAGCCCCCAGCUGAAGGUGGCCCAGGCGCAGCCGGUGGACCCCACCUGCCGUGUGCUGGUGGUCGUGGGCCAGUUCGACUCCCCCGAAUUUCACCGACAGUCCUGGGAGUUUUACCAGACCCUGUGUCAAGGAGAGUGGAAAGCCUCGUUCGAACAGCUCCACGGUGUGGACCACUUUGAAAUCGUUGAGAAUCUGACCCAGAAGGACAACGUGCUCACCCAGAUUAUCUUGAAAACGAUCUUCCAGUAGUUCUGACGACACCUGGAGCCUGGUCCAAGUGCACCCCACCUUGGGAAGCCUCUCCAAAGAGCUUUCAGAGCUGAAGCUGUCGGCUUCAAUUUUCCCCAGCACCCAGGAGAGCCUUGCUGUGUCUGCCUGCCCGGCAAGAGUCCAUUCUCACUGCUGGGAUACUCGUGAAAAUCUCCAGGUCCUCCCUCUUCCCAGCCCGGAUGGAGCUUCAGGGAGGCUCCAGGGAACGUCCACGAGUCAAUGCUCAGAGAUGCCGGGAGCCGCCUGUAAGCCUCAUCUGGCCCCUCUAUCUGCUGACAGAAUGUGACAAAGAUGAC